CCUAAAACAGAAGGGCCAUCGUGCAGUUACUAACUCGCGGCAGGCUUGCUGUGAAAAUAGGAAAGUUGAGAACCCAAAUUACGGUGUGUGGAGUGAGUAAAAUAAAGAUCAAGAACUAGACUUUGACAAGGAAAGAUGACGAAAUUCCUCAUUUGCAGUUUGCUGUUUCUUGCUGUAUUGGUGGAUUUUCCUGGUAUAAUCUAUGGUCAAAUACACGUAGAGACGUUGGGUUGCUUCAGAGCUUACUCCGACCCCCCAGUAUUUCCUGUCAUAUUUCUGGACUACAAGUACAAAGCUGACUGGACGAGGUUUCCUAACAUGAAUGAUUUGGUUCAAGCAUGCGCAAAGGCUGCGAAAGAAAAGGGAUACAAAUACUUUGCCAUUCAGAAUUUUGGCGAAUGCCGAUGGGGUGCUUCGGGCCUUAGUUUGUACAGCCAACAUGGAAGGUCAACCGACUGCUAUGGUGGUGUCGGAGGAGCUUUAUCUUAUUACGUUUACAGUUUUGAAAAAGUUCUGAAAUCUAUCUCGUACACCGAGUGGAGCAGCUGGAGCAUCUGUUCUGUCACGUGUGGUAAUGGAAUAAAGGUCCGAAGAAGGCAGUGUCUACACGGCAUUAGCAGUGAUUGUCUUGAACCAGUCCUUCAGAGAAUGGCCUGCACGAAAGACCCUUGCAAAGAAAUUUACACCUCAUGGGGGGCUUGGUCAAUAUGCAGCAAAUCUUGUGGUUCAGGAAGACGAUACCGAAUCCGUAGCUGUCUAAAUUGGAAUAAUCUUGAUUGUUGGAAAUGGUUGGACACUGAAGUAUGUAACAAACAUAAUUGUUCAGCACAAGAUUCAGCAGACGAUGGUCAGUGGUCGGAAUGGAAUCCAUGGUCCUCAUGUUCGGUCACGUGUGGUGGUGGCUUCAAGAAACGGACACGUACAUGUACAAACCCUGCACCGACUAAGGAAGGAAAACCGUGUGUUGGUGUGAGUUCCGAGACUUCCAAUUGCGGAACAGAGUUAUGCUCUGUUAAAAUUGAUGGCCAAUGGUCCAACUGGGGUUCAUGGACGUCUUGCCCAGUCACGUGCGGUGGAGGCAGCCAAUCACGAACCCGCACGUGUACGAACCCAGCACCAGCCAAUGGAGGGCAGGACUGUAGUGGAAACAGUUCAGAAAAACAAGAAUGUGGAGCAAGUCUAUGCCCUGUGAAUGGUGGCUGGUCUACUUGGAAACCGUGGGGACCCUGUUCAACAACUUGUGGCUCAGGYAGCCAAUCACGAGCGAGAACAUGUACUAAUCCCUCACCAGCCAAUGGCGGAGAAAACUGUCAGGGAGAAAGCUCAGAAACCCAAGCCUGUCAAGUAAAACUUUGCCCAGUCGAUGGUCAGUGGUCUGUUUGGAAGGCGUGGACAACUUGUUCAGCGACAUGUGGUGGAGGUAGCCAAUCACGAACACGUACGUGUACAAACCCUGCACCUGCCAAUGGCGGUGCAGAUUGUUCGGGAGACCCUUCAGAGUCAAGAGUAUGUGGAACAAACCCUUGCCCAGUGGAUGGCAAGUGGUCUGAUUGGAAAGCAUGGUCAUCAUGUUCUGUCACGUGUGGAGGAGGCAGCCAAUCACGAACACGCACGUGUACAAACCCUGAACCAGCCAAUGGCGGGAAAAACUGUGUUGGAGAGAGUUCAGAAACUCAGGCAUGCGCAGAAGCAUUAUGUCCAGUGGACGGUAAGUGGUCUGACUGGAAGGCAUGGUCAGCAUGUUCUGCCACGUGUGGUGGAGGCAGCCAAUCACGAACACGCACGUGUACAAACCCAGCACCAGCCAAUGGCGGGAGCGACUGCGUUGGUGUCAAAUUAGAGACACAAGCAUGUGGAGCCCAGCUGUGCCCUGUGGACGGGAAAUGGUCUGACUGGAAAGCAUGGUCAUCAUGUUCUGUCACGUGUGGAGGAGGCAGCCAAUCACGAACACGCACGUGUACAAAUCCUACGCCAGCGAAUGGCGGGAAAGAAUGUGAAGGGGAGGAUACACAAACUCAGGCGUGUCAAGCAAGUCAUUGUCCAGUUGAUGGAAAAUGGACCGAUUGGACAGAAUGGAAGACAUGCCCAGUUACUUGUGGUGGUGGUAGCCAAUCACGAACGCGCGCGUGUACAAACCCUGCACCUUCCAAUGGUGGGAAAGAUUGUGUUGGAGUCGAUUCAGAAACACAAGCAUGCGGAACAAAACUGUGUCCCGUGGAUGGCAAGUGGUCUGACUGGAAACCUUGGUCAUCAUGUCCUGUAACGUGCGGUGGAGGCAGCCAUUCGCGAUCACGUUCAUGUACAAACCCUGCACCAGCCAAUGGUGGGAAAGACUGUGUUGGAGAGAGUUCGGAAUCUCAAGCAUGUGGAACGAACCUGUGCCCAGUUGAUGGAAACUGGACUGUUUGGACAGCAUGGUCAUCAUGUCCUGUCACGUGUGGAGGAGGUAGCCAAUCACGAACACGCAAGUGUACAAACCCUGAACCAGCCAAUGGCGGACAGGACUGUGUAGGAGGAAAUUCGGAAACACAAGAUUGUGGGACGAAACUAUGCCCAGUGGACGGUAAAUGGUCUGACUGGAAACCUUGGUCAUCAUGUCCUGUCACGUGUGGUGGAGGAAGCCAAUCAAGGGAACGCACGUGUACAAACCCUACACCAGCCAAUGGUGGCAAAGAUUGUAUUGGAGAAAAUUCAGAGACACAAGCUUGUGCAACAAAUCUGUGUCCUGUGGACGGUAAAUGGUCUGAAUGGAAACCUUGGUCUACUUGCCCUGUCACGUGUGGUGGAGGCAGCCAAUCACGAACGCGUUCGUGUACAAACCCUGCUCCAGCCAAUGGUGGAAAAGAUUGUGUCGGAGAUAGUUCAGAGACACAAGCCUGUGGAACGAAACUUUGUCCAGUGGACGGUAAAUGGUCUGACUGGAAACCUUGGUCAUCAUGUCCUGUCACGUGUGGUGGAGGAAGCCAAUCAAGGGAACGCACGUGUACAAACCCUGCACCAGCCAAUGGCGGGAAAGAUUGUGUUGGAGAAAUUUCAGAGACACAAGCUUGUGCAACAAAUCUGUGUCCAGUGGAUGGUAAAUGGUCUGAUUGGAAGCCUUGGUCUAAUUGCCCUGUCACGUGUGGUGGAGGAAGCCAAUCAAGGGAACGCACGUGUACAAACCCUGCACCCGCCAAUGGCGGGAAAGAUUGUGUCGGAGAUAGUUCAGAAACACAAGCAUGUGGGACAACACUGUGUCCAGUGGAUGGUAAAUGGUCUGAUUGGAAGCCUUGGUCUCCUUGCCCUGUCACGUGUGGUGGAGGCAGCCAAUCACGAACGCGUUCGUGUACAAACCCUGCUCCAGCCAAUGGUGGGAAAGAUUGUGUUGGAGAAAAUUCAGAAACUCAAGAAUGUGGGACCAAGCAGUGUCCAGGUUGCAAGAUUGGUGAGUUGGCUCUUGACAAAUGUAGCCAGCGUUGCGUGUGUGACUCAUCCGGUUCUUUUGUCAACUGCACUCGUAUCAGACAAGAAUUUUCAUCGAUGUCUACAGCUGAUCGUGAACGAUACAUCAACGCGGUAAAAUUAGCAUCUACUGACCCAAGCUACAAAACUGAGUAUGACAACCUCAUCACGAUCCAUAAAGUGUACUUCAUGAAAGGAAUCCAUGGAAGGAUGCAUUUUCUGACAUGGCAUCGUUGGUUUAUUCUUCAAUAUGAAAAUCUCCUUAGACAAAUAGAUUGUAACAUCACCGUACCUUACUGGGACUGGAGUGUGGUCUCCGGAAACCCCUGGGGAACUUCACCAAGUGAUUUUUGGUAUUCAGGAAACAGUGGUUUUGGUGGUAAUGGUGUCCAGCCAACAGGUUGUGUACAGACGGGAGUUUUCAGGGAAGGUGCCUGGACGUUAGUACCAUCUGCAGGACCUUCUAAAUGCCUGAAAAGAUUCCUUAAUGGCCAUCCUCCAGAUAGCAUCGCCAUUGCUCAGUUACUAAAGCUUGAUCCAAAGGAUUUCAACUCUUUCGAGUUGGGUCUUCGAGUGAACUUCCACGAUGUGGUGCAUUGUUUGAUUGAUGGUACUAUGUGUUCUUUCGACUCAGCAGCUGCUCCAGAAUUCUUUAUGCACCAUGGAUUUGUAGACAAGAUAUGGGCAGACUGGCAGAAGCAAAGUCAUGAACACAAAACAGUUUACUUCACGGAACUGAACGAAAUUCUUCCAAAUGCUGGUGUUUAUUCCAAGUUUUACGUUGACAACGAUAACUUAACAGACAAGGCAGUGAGAGUCGAAUACGCCCCAGUUAACGAUAAUCUGCUGAACAGUAUCUUGAUUAGAUUGAGAAGCUUUAGUGUUCAAAUGCUGGGAAGAAUCCCCCGUGUAGAGUUCAGUAAGCUGGAUGAUCGUGCCGUCAAAGUGUUCAGUGUUACUCCAGAAGAAGUGGAGGAAGCCAAGAGACUCGAAGCGUUGUUCAAUCCACAAAUCAGACAAAGUGGACUUAUAAAUCCUGAUGCUCUGGACCAGAAGCUUGGCUUUAAUCACAAGUUACUGGACUACAUCAGCAAGAAAUAAAAUAAUGUACCUUCAUUAUCAUCACCACUACCAUCACAUCAUCUACAUCAAACCUUAACAACUAUAUCACUUAUCAUUCCAUCAUCAUGUACCAUCAUUAUCAUUAUCAUCACCACUUCCAUCACAUCAUCACCAUCAAUCCUUUAAUUACAAAUAUUUCAUCGCAACCACCAUCAUGUACCAUCACGUACCAUCAUGUACCAUCAUGUAC